AUGUUGAACUGGUACGGCUUCAGUUCGAACCCGAGCCUGCUCUGCGACCGCUCAAUACGAGCAAGCACUUUCUCGUCACGCCGCGCACUGGCCAGACUCGACGCCUUGUGCUUGCCCCACUCCUUCGCAGCAACCACAAACGACAACGCCAUCCCGCUUUUCCCUCCACGCGCAGUUCUCCCCACCCUGUGCACAUACGUCUUGGACGACGUUGGCAGAUCAAAGUUCAGCACACAUGCAACGUUCUUGAAGUCCACGCCUCGCGAAACACCAACCUCCCCGCUGGUCUCCUCGCCGUUCGACUCGUCCGUGGCAAUCAGCAGAUUGUACACGUUCUUGUUGAACUCCUCAACAAUGUGCAACCGCGAAUUCAACGGCAGCUCCGAGUUCAACAAACACGACUUGAUGCCAAAGUUCUGCAGAAACAGUUUCAACUUGUAUCCUCUGUCCAGCUCGUUCACAAACAACAGGAUCUUGCCCUUGAUCAAGCCGAGCUUCAAGAUCACAUAG